AAAUCUGUAUAUCCACAAGCAGCCAUCACAGGCCAUCCAUUCCCCCAAAUAUACAUUCUAUAACCCCCACCAAUCCUCUUUUACCCUUUUGGAGUCUCUCCGGCGCCCAUGGCUCUCUCCAUUUCUUCCACUGCCACUGCGCUCUCCUCCUUCCCAAUCAGAGACUCCUAUCACAGAUCAAAUUUUCCGGGAAAUUUCCCAAAUCAUAAGCUCCGUCGAGAUUACUCCGAUUUGAAAGCGGCGAAAUCCGGCGUGUCUAGCGUCUGUGAACCGCUCCCUCCUGAUAGACCCCUUUGGUUUCCCGGCAGCAGCCCGCCGGAGUGGCUCGACGGCAGCCUUCCCGGCGAUUUUGGCUUCGAUCCACUUGGAUUGGGUUCGGAUCCAGAGACACUAAAAUGGUUCGCACAAGCAGAACUAAUGCACGCAAGAUGGGCAAUGCUAGCCGUAGCAGGAAUCCUUCUACCGGAAUGGUUCGAGAGCUUAGGACUCAUACAAAACUUCUCAUGGUACGACGCUGGAUCUCGAGAAUAUUUCGCAGAUCCGACGACAUUGCUGGUGGCGCAAUUGGCGUUGAUGGGGUGGGUGGAGGGGAGGCGAUGGGCAGACUUGGUGAACCCGGGGAGCGUGGACGUUGACUUGAAGCUGCCCCACAAAAAGAAAGCAAAGGCAGAUGUGGGCUACCCGGGUGGGUUCUGGUUUGACCCGAUGAUGUGGGGCAGGGGGUCGCCGGAGCCGGUGAUGGUGCUGAGGACUAAAGAGAUUAAGAAUGGGCGGUUAGCUAUGUUGGCCUUUGUUGGACUGUGGUUUCAAGCUAUUUAUACUGGCCAAGGACCCCUUGAGAAUCUCGCUGCACACGUGGCAGACCCCGGCCAUUGCAAUAUCUUUUCGGCAUUUAGUUCUGGUUCGGGUUGAAAUUGAAUCCUUCAUUUUGGUUUAGUUGAGAUGGUGAAGUGUGUACAUAAAAAGCAAAGAGAUGAGAAGAUUUGCGACAGUUUACUAUAUAAUUGUCUACGUAUUAUUCAAACUCUUUAAUGCUGGACUCCUCCUCACUAGUCAAUAUUAAUUUCAAAAUUAUCUUAAAUUAUUGAAUCUUAAAAA